GACUGUGGAACUACUUUUCCCAGAAUGCCUCGGUCUGGAGCAUGGCUAUUGGGGCCUUUUGGCCAGAGGGAUGAUGUCAUUGAAAAAAACCCCACUGCAUUCAUUGUGCUAAGGUCUAUCCCCCUUCUGCUUGCUGCUCCUCCUGCUAUUGCUGCUUGCUCUCGCUGAGCUUAGAGCCCUGGCGGGGACUGACUCCAACUCUAGGACAUAGGAGCUGGGGCAUCGCAGCACCAUCCCAUGUGUGGGUGAUUGGUUCACUCACACCUUGUUUCUGUUUAUGCCUGGGGUGGGGGGACAAAUCCCAAACCAGCUGUGUCAAUGAGUAUGGAAGAUUAUGAUUUCCUGUUCAAAAUUGUUUUAAUUGGAAACGCUGGCGUGGGGAAGACGUGCCUGGUCCGACGUUUUACUCAGGGUCUUUUCCCACCAGGUCAAGGAGCCACAAUUGGGGUUGACUUUAUGAUUAAAACAGUGGAGAUUAAUGGUGAGAAAGUCAAGCUGCAGAUCUGGGACACAGCAGGACAGGAACGAUUCCGAUCAAUAACCCAGAGUUACUAUCGCAGUGCCAAUGCCUUGAUACUCACCUAUGAUAUCACCUGUGAGGAAUCCUUUCGCUGUCUGCCAGAAUGGUUAAGAGAAAUAGAGCAGUAUGCCAGCAACAAGGUCAUCACUGUAUUAGUGGGCAACAAGAUUGAUCUAGCUGAAAGGAGAGAAGUCUCCCAGCAAAGAGCUGAAGAAUUUUCUGAGGCGCAGGACAUGUAUUACUUGGAAACCUCAGCCAAGGAGUCUGAUAAUGUGGAGAAAUUAUUCCUGGACUUGGCAUGUCGACUCAUCAGUGAGGCCAGGCAGAAUACUCUUGUGAACAAUGUGGCCUCCCCUUUACCAGGAGAAGGGAAAAGCAUCAGCUAUUUGACUUGUUGUAAUUUCAAUUAAAAGCUGGUACAAGGCAGAAAAGGAGAAAAAGAAUCCACGCCUGCUCUGAGAGGCCAGGAGUUCCUGGGAGGUAGAGCAAAGAUGGUGGUUCUUGCUCUUUGGACCUUCUGACUUCUCCAGGUUCCUGAGCUUAAAAAAGCAUGGCAGGCCGAGGGCAUUGUCCACAGGCCAAUACUAGCAAAACAUUCAUAUGGUUUGACCCUUUUGCAGGCUUGGGCUGGAGUGAGAGGAAGAUUGCACUAGGAGCUCCCUGAGAUGCUGAGCAUGUGCUGUGAUAGUUGCUUUUUGUUUUUAAAAAAGCAAAAAAUAAACACCCCCCCCCCCCCAAAAAAAAAACCCCAACAAAUCAGCCUUUCUGGACUGAAAGGAGGGAAAACUUCUCUCCAUCACCCCCCAAAGGAGUGAUCCUGCCCAGCACUUGGUGAAUGGGUAGGGUCUUCUCUGGGAUCCUUUGACACCUUGAUUUUCUAGCCUGCCACCCAAAUGAAUACUGGGAAGGCCAACUAUAAUAUCUAUGGUGGGUCUGCUACAUCCUGAGGAAUUUUCAGCACUACUUGUUUGAAAAGUAUUACAUCUUUUGUCCACACUCCCUUUCAAGAACUUUGGAAUUGAGAAAUUCAAAGGACUUUUGAUCCACAACCAACAGUAACAAUCAUGGCUAACAAAGGAUACAGGCCUUGUGACUCCUUUUGGUGCUAAUGGUUCAGCUGACAAUUCCUUAGACCAAACGUUUUACUACAUUAGUAUCCUCUGAAUGUGUUAUGUAGAAAUAAAUAGGGGAAGUAUAAUAAAAACUGCUGUUUCUCAA